GCAAGCUCUGAUCGCGCAGUUAGAGCUGCUCGCACGGAACUGUUGAUCCAGUCUUUCAGGUUUGGAUAGACCCUGACUGAUUUUUGGGGGAUGACUUCCUUGAUUCACUUCUGGAUGAAGCUUGUGAACCCUUCCGUGAACUAAAAGAAAAACCUUGUCUGACAAACUUGUUGGAAUUCUUUAAGGAGAUUUCAAGGUGGAUGCUGUAUAUUUGGACUUUCAGAAGGCCUUUGACAAGGUGCCAUACACGAGGCUGCUUACCUAGUUAACUAUCACAGGCGGACUAUGAACAACUUGAGCAGCGGGGAGACGGCGUCCGAACCGCCUCUGCCAGGUCACCACAUCCCAGCGCUGCUCUUCGGGACGCUGCUCAUCCUGUUGAUCCUGGCCGGGAAUCUGCUCGUCUGCCUGAGCGUGUGCACCGAGCCACCGCUCCGGACAGCCACCAACAUCUUCAUCGCUAGCCUCGCCGUCUCCGACCUGCUUCUCGCACUCCUCGUCCUCCCGCUCUAUGUUUUCCAGGAGUUCCAGGGUGGAGUUUGGACCCUUGGGCCUGGUCUCUGUGAUUACCUCAUGACCAUGGAUGUCAUGUUGUGCACCGCCUCCAUUUUCAACCUAUGUGCCAUCAGUGUGGACAGGUUUAUCGCCAUUUCGAUUCCCCUGAACUACAACAGGAAACGCGUUGAUGUACGUCAGGUGGUCCUCAUCUCCAUGACCUGGAUCCUGGCUUUUGCCGUGGCCUCUCCCAUUGCGUUUGGUCUGAACCACAUCCCAGAUCGCAACGUCAGUGUGUGUCAGCUGGAAGGCAGCAGCUACAUCAUCUGGUCGUCAGUCUGCUCGUUCCUCCUGCCCUGCCCCGCCAUGCUGCUCCUGUACUGCGGGAUGCUGCGUGGCCUCAGGAGGUGGGAGCGAGGCCGAAGCCACAGGCUCCGGCGCCACAUGCACGGCUUCAGGAAGAUGAAUGGGAGCCCCUCGGAGCCCCACAGUCCGCCCGCAUUGACGCAGAGUCCUCAUGUGGAGCUGCACCUGUUCCCGGACCCAGCUUCUGAACCGACAGAGGGGCCCAAGCCCACCCUGACCUCCUCUCAACUGAAGUAUGCACAGCCGCGUCCCGGCAGGAGGAAGCGGGCCAGGAUCAAUGGUAGAGAGCACAAGGCCAUAAAGGUGCUGCUGAUCGUCGUAGGGUGCCGUGCACAAUCCUGAUUUGAUGGAGACAGACAUAAGAGCUCGGAGGAACAUCUGGUGAAACUUCUGAAACGCCUGUUUCGCUGCUGCUGCUACUGCGUGAUCUGGAACCUCCGGAGGAGAAGGCCCCGAGUCCUUGGCUUUGCUUGUUGCUCGGUGGCCGGGGCGGGGUUGAAGCGCUUGGCAGAGAUGGUGUUCGGUGUCAGAGGGCUGGUCAGAGGCUCGAAGUUUUCGGACGGACUCAGAGUCGGCUGUAGUUGGGUACUUCCAGGGUGCUGCAUCGGCAAGUUUGCGGGACUGGAGGUUCAUGGCAGGGAGAGUUUCUCCCUUCUACCGUCUGCGUGAGAUGAUGGGGCUAUCGGGACUUGAGACUUUUUUUUACCAUGCCCAUGGUCUGCUCGUCAUCAAAUUACAGUACUGCUUUGCACUGUUGUAACUAUAUGUUAUAAUCAUGUGGUUUUUGUCAGUUUUAGUCUUGGUCUGUCCUGUGUUACUGUGAUAUCGUACUGGAGGAACAUUGUAUCAUUUCUUAAUGCAUGCAUUACUAAAUGACAAUAAACGAGGACUGAGUGUCCCCAUGAUCUAAUCUAAAAUGGAAGCCCCUCUAUCCUGAGGCUAUGCCCUCUUGUCUUAGACUCCCCUACCAUGGGAAACAUCCUUUCCACAUCUACUCUGUCUUGGCCUUUCAACAUUCGGAAAUUUUCAGUGGGAUUUCCCCCCCCCCCAUCCUUCUAAAUUCCAGUGAGUGCAGACCCAGAGCCAUCAAACAUUCCUCUUAUGAUAACCCUUUCA